GGAGUUUGAGCAUGACUAAAGUUUCCAUAAUAAUUCCAGUACGUAACGGCGAACAGUGGAUAAAUAACUGCUUAAAAUCAAUAGCAGAUCAAUCUAUACUUAAUUCAGAUAUCGACAUCGAAAUAAUUAUAUAUAACGACGGAAGCAACGAUAGAACAGAGAUUUUGCUCAAGGAAUGGCAACGUUAUUUUAUAGAACAUAGAAUCAAGUUAAUUUUGACCGGAUCUGUCACUUCGAGAGGCGUCGGUGCCGCUAAAAAUGGGGCAGUCUCUAUCAGCACCGGAGAAUUCCUGUGUUUUCAAGAUAUCGAUGAUGUAAUGCACCCAGACAGGAUACAUCUCCAGCUACUUGCUGCAGAAAGUAAUCAUAAUGCAAUUGUUGGCAGUAAUAUUUCUCGAAUACCGCAAGACUCCACUCCGCGUCUGGUUCGCUGGGCCAAUAGUCUCAGUGAUGAACAACUAAAAUUACAAAUCUACACUGCCAACGGGCCCACCUUGUUAAUGCCUACUUGGUUUUGCCACAGAUCUGUAUUUGAAAGAGUGGGUAGUUUUGAUGAAAGUGGCAAAGGCACUCCGGAAGACUUAAUAUUCUUUUAUUCACACCUAGAUCUGGGAGGAGACUUGAUUAAAGUCAACAAGGAAUUACUUAUUUACACCUACCAUGAAGGUGCGGCAACAUUUUCUGUUAAAAGAGAAAUGAUUUGGCAAAUCCAGUUGGAUCGAUUGCAAAAGCUUGUUUUACCAAAUUGGGAGACAUUCACUAUUUGGAAUGCUGGUAAAGCAGGCAGAAGAUUGGUUCGAGCAUUGAAUAAGGAGCAUUUGAAAAAAGUAGAAGCUUUUUGUGAUGUUGAUAAAAAGAAAAUCGGGACUACAGUAGAGUUAUACUGCUCGGUUAAAAAGGCAGUGCUUAUAAGUCUACCAGUUAUUCAUUUUUCUGCAGCAAAACCACCCUUGCUCAUUUGUGUGAAGCUGGAUAUGACUAAUGGCAUUUUUGAACAGAAUCUCAAAUCGAUGAAUCUCAAUGAAGGAUUAGACUAUAUCCUGUUUAACUAAGAAUGACUAUUUUUACACUGAUUUAAGUCAUUUAUGAAUAA